CAAAACUUUACCAUCCAAGUAUCUCGACAUCCAAAACUUCACACCUCAAUUAAUACCAAAAGCCGACAAUUUAAAUACACAAACCUUCACACCUCAAUUAAGAUCAAAAUCCAGCAACUCAAAUACCUCACAAUUCAAAGUUCAUGACACCUCACAGCCGAAAGGCCACCAACCAAAAAGACAAAAAAAAAAGGACAAAUGUCAAACUUAAAAGCCCCAACAAUUUCAAAUUCAGUAACCUAAUUCAAUCAUGGGGAUAAAAAUAAUAGUACGUAAUUGGUUUCGCUUUCCUCGUCUCCUCACUAUCCAACAAAAUGAGCUUUACCAAGCUAAAUUCUGUAGAAUGAGUCGGCUAUUGCUUUCUUCAAGGUUGAGGUUACCACUUACCAAGAGUGUUCAGCUUUGAACGUUUUAAAAAUCCAUGUACCCUGCAUCAAAGAUUCAUUAGCUGAUAUAGGUUGGUCACCCACAAAGUUCUCCUUCGGAAACAAAACAAUAUAUAAUUGUAUAAGCUUAAAGCCUCCAUCAUUGAACACUUCAAAUAUAUAAACCUGUACUUGACUAUUGAUCCCGUUAUAGAGUAGGAAAUUUGGUCACCCACAACUGCCAUAAUUGCAUUGUUUCCCUAUAAAAACCUCACCAUUCUGCCUCAAAACCAGCCACAUUGGAAAGUUGCAGGAAAUCAGCACAAUCUGCAGGAAUUCUCAGCAAUUACCAUACCAAGAGGAAUAAUGGUAAACAGGAAGAUGGCAACAUAUCUUGUUUCGGUCCUAGUAGCCAUGCUUUUUGCAGGAGCUACAGCUCAGUCAGGUUGCACAAGUGUAUUGAUCAGCCUGUCGCCCUGCCUCAAUUACAUUACAGCGAAUUCAUCAGCCCCUUCUCAACAAUGCUGCACACAGCUUGCUAAUGUUGUGCGUUCCUCGCCACAAUGCUUGUGUGAGGUCCUUAAUGGUGGUGGUUCAUCACUGGGGAUCACCAUCAACCAGACUCAAGCUUUGGCCUUACCUGGCUCAUGCAAUGUUCAGACUCCACCCAUUAGCAGCUGUAAUGCUGCUUCUCCAGAGCCGGCAGACUCUCCAGUUGGAUCACCUGAAUCAGGAAGCAUAAUUCCUACAGGUGGUGGAUCUAAAACUGUACCAUCCACACAGGAAGAUGGCUCAUCGGAUGGAAGCACCACCAAAUUGCCACUACUCUCUUUACUCAUCUUACUUUUGUUCGCCACAUCAUAUAGUUCAAUCUUCUCAUCAUACUGAAUCUUCUGUAGUUUGACCUACCUAUCAUGACACCAUCAUUUUAACCAAUAUUGUAUUCUUCGUUUGUUACUUAGUUUCCCUUCGGUUGAGGAUAGAUACAUGCAACAUUUGUGCUUAGUUUCCCUUCGAUUGAGGAUGGAUACAUGUAACAUUUAUGUUUUCAUCUUUUCCUGGGCCGAUAUGGUUUUGUAUGGCUGAUUUUGCUGAUGAGAGUUACAGCUUCUCUUCCUUUCUCAAUAAAGAUCAUUGUUUAUAAUUAACCUCCCUAUAAUCUUCCCAUAAGAGGUAACAUCCAGCAUGAUUCAAAUCUCAAUAUCUAUAUCCUCUUCCCCUAUUCUCAA